AUGACGUUCACCAACCGCUCAUUUAAAAACAACCCACUCUACGUCGCGGGAACGCCACUUGAUUUCGUCCCCCGCUACAAAUAUCUCGGGGUCAUCUACGUCCCGCAAGGUAACAUCGAGCAUGUUUUCAGGCUCUCCCAUGUCACCUCCUCCACCGAAACCGAGCUCUUCGCAAUCCACGCGGCCCUCAGGCACAUAACAACAUCGCCCCCAGGAACCUGGACGAUCCUGUCGGACAGCAAGGCGGCACUGGAGAUACUCGACUCACACUGCACCAAAACAACCAACGACCUACACACAACGGCAAUGUCCCUAGCCAACACCGCCCUUGCUUCCGGACACAAUAUAUGUCUCCAGUGGAUACCCAGCCACAUUGGCCUCUGCGGGAACGAUCGAGCAGAUGCUGCGGCCAGGCGUGCGCACGAACAACCCGACGCCGCGGCGCGCAUACCGCUCACCCCUUCGGCUUGCCGCAUCCAAAUCCGCCGCUGGGCCGCCCAAGAGGCGCGGUGCUUCAUUCGAGAAUCCGCCCGUUUCAACGACUUCCUUCGCUCCAUCGACCCGGCGGUGGAGUUCUCCCCACCACGACGUCUCCAACGGCCACAAGAGACACUCCUCCACCGACUACGCCUCAACUUGGCAUACGCGCCACCGGUCCAGCGCAUGAUGGAGAGGCAGAUCUCGGCCCUCUGCGACGUUUGCGAAGUGGUUGCGGACACAUCGCACCUCCUGCUGACCUGCCCCAAGUACACCAACCAUCGCGCUACCCUUUCCGCUGCCUCGAACGUUUCGGGCACAACCAACUGA